AUGAAUACAAGCUAGAGCAGCAAUUCUAGAGCUACUUGGAAUAAACCAAAUUUGCAGCCAAUCUUAACAACAAGUGCCUAUAACUCAAAUUAAAGUUACACUUCUUCAAAGCCAUUACAAGACCCUUCUCGUUUACAAAGCAAAAACACCAGACAGAAUUGGAAUAAGUAGAACCGAUAUCACAAUAAAGGGCCUUCAGCCUAUUUAAAUCCAGAUGAAAGCAUCGCCUCAUAAAUCAAAUCAAGGAUUCUUCCAAUAAACACUAAUCACAGUAUUAUCGACAUCUCAGCAGUUAAAAGUCGUGAUUUCACUGAUAACCCCUUACUUUCUAACUCUAAAAUGUGGAAGCACUCUCCGAUUAGGAAUGAAUCAUCCUCUGAUGAUGAUCUGAAUGCAAGCUCGAUCUGCAGUUUCAAGUCACCCGAUAAGAAAGAGGAAAUGUCAGUGGCAGAUGAAACUAUUUGUGUAUCGCCAAUCUAAAAGAUAUAGGUUAUUCCAACUUCAAGAGUCAAUUCUAGAAAUGAUAAAAAGAUUUCAGAUAUAACUAAUUUCCAUGAUAACUAUCUGAGGUUAGGUCUAUGGCCUGAGCUGUCUUACACAUAAUAAGCUUAUCUAAGAAAUAGUUUCAAGAAAAAUCAAACAAAGCUAAGGUAAAGUAGAGAAAUGAGUGUAAAUAAUAGCAGAAACCACCUCGACUACAAUAAAAAUAUGACAGCUUAAUAUCUAUAGACUUCGAUCAAUAACUUUCCCAUGAAUUUAGACUAAACAGCAUAGUAAAACUUGCUUCCACCAAAUGGAAGGAAAAGAGCUACUUCUCUUUUAUUUAGUUAGGACAAUAUAUAAACUUAGGUACCUCCUUAUCAAAUGUAUCAACUAUAAUAAAUGGCUAAGAAUAUUGAGUCAAAGCAGAUGUAGCUAUAAUAUACGAAUCGAGGCAUAUCAAGCCACGAAUCAUGCUAGAGAUGUACAAGCGGUUUAGGUCAGUUAUAAACCAAUCAGUCAUUCUAAGAUGAGAAUGCUGAGUAAUAUAAAGAAGGCUUGAAGAAAGCUCUAGAACUCAUUAAUACCCUUAUUGAUCAGAUAUCUAUACUCUCAGAAAAUAACUAAGAUAAUGCUAAUAAUCCAAUUGAUCAAACCAAUCAAAGCCAUUACGAUGAUAGAGACAAGGAGAACAUGUAUCCUACUUUCAACCCAAGGGGACUUAUCAAAGGCAAUAAACUCAGAAAUUCCUAGUAAGAACUUAAGGAUUUGGUGAACAUCAUUAAGAAAGCUAAAUAAACCAAUGAAAGUAUUAACAAAGGUCAUUUGAGUGCUAAAAAUCUGCAAGAUACCUUAUCUAAUAACUCAAGGAAGCAUAACAUUUUGUAGGAGUCUAAUGUCUUUAAAAGUUUCAAUAACAUGGCUAAUAACAAUUUCAGCAGCAACAAUAUAGGCAGCAUGAUGCUAGUAAAUAUGAAUGAUAGCUAGCUUCCCCCUAAGUCUAUGAGAACAAGAAAGAGUCCUAUAAAUCCAAAGGAAACAUUCAAUCCCAAAGAGGAUCUUGAAACUACAAGAUAGAGUAACAAUCUAAUGAAAUAGGUUUUGAAUCAGUUGCAUAAACUGAAUCAAAUCAAAAGAGGUCUUAAAGAUGACCAAAAGGAACAUAUAAAUAAAUCAGUGCUAGGGUUGUGUGACCUAAUCUCUUAAUGA